CAACGACCACUCCAAAGCUCAACCUCUUCUGCACAAGACAAGUUACAUACGUUGACUGUCCUUAUUGCUUCUAACAACAAAAAUUCUAACAGGUAUCAGCUUGCAAAGCCAAAGUCUCCUCCUCAGGUAGGCAAUCUAUACUUUUGGCACUUUUGAAGGUAUAUCGGCGACAGUUUAUAUCAGCGUACCUACUCGUAGUAUUCAAGUGACGUGAUUCAACUCUUAAUUAAGGACAGCGAACUGCCAUAAGACUAAUUAUUUCUUAGCGAUUGACAAUUGGAUGAGAUAGGUCCGCUUGUCAAAAGUCAUUUCUUGUAACAUUUUUAUAACAUAUUGCAUGUGAACAAGCUGUCUACGAGAUACCAUCUCUUCAAAAGAUUGCUCAAGUGUAUAUUCCUUUCUACUAACACUUAAUUUCUUCCGUUGCAAAUGCAGAAAUAUACAGAAUUGGUAGGGAGCAUUUCAACUACAGGAAAACCACCUAACAUGAUGCAGCCGGCAAUGGGUUCAAGUUCACAAGCGUGUCAAAUGGGCAAUGUUCCUUUAAGUCAUCCACAAAUUCAAACUCGAACUCCCGGCAACCAUUCUCCGACCCUGAUGCAAGGAGCUUCAUCUAUUGAGCUAAGCCCUCAACUAGAACAAGGUAUAACGUCAGAUAAUAUAAAUAAAACAACAGAGCUAACACCUACCCGGAAAUUAGGUCGCGCUCCCUAGCUGCCAACUUGAAAAUCGCGCUCUUCGUUUUUAAUUCAAUUUGGUUUAAUGAACCAAUUUUAAAGCGCACGGCAGUUCGAGCACGCAGGGUUAACGACGCAAAAUAUUCUCCUACCUGUCUAGGAUCAGAGAAACGAGCAGUAAAAAGGGAACAAGCUCAAACUCCAUCCAUGGUACAAGUUCAUACUGAAAGUACAAACAACCCGACAACAUCACCAAUGGAACCGACGACGCACGAAAAUACGCCAAAGCGUAAGAAAAGGCGAAAUCGUACAACAUUUACAUCUUAUCAACUCGAGGAAAUGGAAGGAGUAUUCCAGAAGACUCACUAUCCCGAUGUAUACACCAGAGAACAACUUGCUCUUAGGACAGACUUAACUGAAGCUCGAGUACAGGUUAGCCAUAUAUUGCAAUCAAUUGUAUUGUCAUUAACGCGUUUUGUUAUUUUUGUAGAGUAAUUGCUAUAUUUCUAGUAGUUUAUGGUAAUUGCCACAUUUUGUGUAUUGUAUUCCUACAUGUAAGGUAUCUGGAUGAGAAUAACUUGAACAGGUAGUACGCAAAAUAUUCCGUUGAAUACAUAUGUACUCCAGAUCAUUCGCGCAAAUUAAUUGAGUGUCACAAAAUAUUAUGAGCAGCUUGAGUACACUUUGAAGUGAUAUUAUCGUGUGUGAAUAUUGUAAACUACAGUCGCCCUUUUCUACGUCUUAAUAAGUCAGCCAGAGAAACCUAACAGAUUGAUAAUUGUUCUAAACGCAUCAUGAAAAGCUCCCAUGCAUGUGAUACCGCCGCAGUGUUGGGCAUGCACAGCCUCAGGUACAUUUUGAAAACAUUGUCUCGUGAAACUAUGAAUCACAUUAGCUAUAGUGUGGAUUUUAAAGACAUGUACGUAGCGAUUAAUGUCAGCAUUUACCACUUUAUUGUAUUUAAACGCCGUAAAAGUUCUUGCAAAUCAUGUCAUUUAUCCACAGACGAAAACAGAAGUAUUUGCGCUGAGCGGGCAACCCGCCAUAUGUAUAUGUCUGUUAAAAAAAUCUGACCCUGCCCUUACAUAAUAUUUACGCAUAAGUUAUAGAUUUACACACCACAUUUGCAAACUUAUUACAAUGAUAAUUUUUUUUGGGUUAAACUAAAAUCGAAAGCGCGAUAAAGAAAGCUUUAAUGUAUAACAUUUAUUGGCGGUGAAAAAAAUUGGUAAUUAUCUAAUACAAAUUUUUCUUCACUUUCUGUUUACAAACACAUUUAAUAAUCGAUCGUGCCGACGAUAGUGCACUGAUCAUUUCAUCAGGUCAGCGAAAAUUAAACACUCUUUGAAAAGCACUAACUGGCAAUUUUGCCUUGUUAGUUCAUUAUCUUUAUAUUAAACAUGAUUAACCUGCUCCAAUCAUCGCGCUGUUUGUAAUCGACGCAAGCAAAUAACAGCGGUUUUCUACGCUUUUCUCAGCACAACUGUUCCACUUAACCCUUAUUUAAAACUGAAAUUUAUUUAAAUGCUUUAAUUGAAUUUAUUUGCGCAACAUUUAAGUACAGGCAUUACGUUUGCGCAAAAUGAAAACAUCAGCACUUCAUUUGCAUUUUUCGCGCGCAUUUCAAUUAUCAAAAUUUUAUACACUUUAAGCAUGUACACAAUAUGGUUUUGGUUUUCUAGCAUGAGUGAUACUAUUUCACUCACGCUUUCGCUUUCCAGCGAUUAAAAUCUAACCGACAGAAGAUUACUAUAGAAUGACUUCUAAAUCGAAAACGUGCGUUCCAAAGUCGAGACGAGUGGGCUAUGUCGGCAUUAUUCAAAGUGACGCAUGCCUUAGCGGUCGUAUAUUUGUGAAAACAGAUGUUAGAAUGGAUUGCAUCGUACCUCAUCAUGAAAGAGCAAGUUAUUUUUAUUAAGGCUAUCGAGCAAAUAUUGACCUAAUCGUUAACAUGAUUGUGUUGUUAUUAAAUUAAUUAGAACUGGCAAAAUCAUACAAAAUAACAACCGUACUCCUUCUUGGCAGACUAAAAUUUAGAAUGCCCACAAUCAAUUGUUUUCAAACUGUUUCCAAAAUGUCUGCACAAUGCAUUUAUCAAACAGUGCCCCCUGCCUUUUUUCCAACUGUGCCGGUAAACUGUAUGUUCUUUUGAUUGUGGGAUACUUUUUGAACGCUUACUAAAUUAUGACAACUGGAGCUCUCUCACGAUCUCUAUAUAUGCAUGCUGGUAAACACAACGCAAAAUAUGCAAAUAACUAGUUUAAUUAAUGUGGGCAUAUCACUUAAACUGAAAGGACGCUGCUUAAAGAGUAACAAAUUAUUAAAGUGAUAUUUAUAUCGCUACUAUACAGUCACGUUUUUCAAUGUUAUAAACAGUUUUUUUAUCCAUGAAACAAACAAACUUUAUUCCGAUGCAAAGCAUGAUAACCUGAUUUACAGAGAAACUAGAUAAAAAAUUGGAAUACUAGAUAUAAUUGAUCCAAAUUUGUUAGGACAUCAAAGAUAAAGUAACACAUAGAUACUAAUGUCCCCGCAGAAUCACCCAAUCAAUGUCCUCCUUGAAUGAUUCACGAAUUAUCUAGUCCUUAUAUACUGCAAGCGAUAUCGCCAUCGUCGGCCUUUCCUGGGAACAAAAUACUGUAUCCAUGUUUUCAACUUUUAAGGCCCGGUAUGUAUUUAACGGUGACGCCGUUUGUUUCUACAAUCUCAGCUCACAAAUAAUACUCUUAUUGCAGCCAAAACAGAAAGGCGGCAAGAUAUAUUGUAAGGGUCGUCGGUGAAGAUGUUCUUUAAUGUUCUAUGAAAAAUGUAUACAUGUGAAGUACUUGUUGCAUUUUUCUACUUCAUUUAUAGUAAUAUACGAUAAAACACAAACUGACUAGUAAACCAUGCCAAAUGAGCUGCCUGCAUGGGUUCAUCAUUCUAACAACUGAAACUAUAAGUCACUAUAUGGUCGGUAAACUAUGAGCACUGGCUCAAAAUAUUGAAUGCAAUUUCUAGAAAGUUGCACUGAACUGUUUAUAUAGUUAAGUCCAAUAAUUGUAGGUGGGUUUUGUAAAUGAAAAUUCAGAGUGCGAAUAUUUACAUUCAUUAGACCUACUACCUAACCAGGAGCAGUUUCGAAAAAGGUUAGGUCUAAUAAAUGUAUAAAAUUCCCACUCGAAAUUUACAUCUACAGAACCCAUCCGCAAUUAGUUAUAUCGAGUGUAUAGAUGUCCAAGAUCCUGUUAAGUCCAAUAACUGGCGUCUAAACGACUAAAGCUGGGAUCAAACGAGGAUGAGAGUGCUUGAGAGUUGGUAUAUGAGUCACGCGAGCUUGGUUACCUGUCCUUAAUGCUUUCGCAUGUAUAUUCUACUCAUGUUAAAACAUAGUUGGAACACUCAUAAAAUCUUUAUUUUGUUAAUCUAGAGCUUGAAAUGUCUCCCAUAACAAUGUCAGUGUGACUGCAACUCCGCUCAGUCAACUCUCAUCAUUUUGACCAGCGCUUAUUUCCUAAAUCACUAGAUUUGCAACCAUGCACGCGCACGCUAAAAUUAGCUUUUACUUGCAGCUAUAUGUUUGUGUUGCCCAUAGUAAGACAAAUUGAUAAAAACAGAAACACCAAGGAACAGUAGCUGAAAAAUAUGAAAAAGUGUGAGAUAUCAUAGAUAUAAAGAACCUCAGUUUCACUACGAUUAAAUUUCUCCAUGCAGUAAUAUGUUUGUGUUGCCCAUGAAGAUUUUGGAACCCUUUAUAAUAGUCAAGGCAACACGCACCAAAGUUUUUCUAUUACACGACAUUGAUUCUGAACAUGCAGAAUGCGAGUCAGUGUAAAUACAAAAAAAAUUGGCUCAUGCGUUUGCUGUACUGCAUGCUCUUAUUAUACCCCCAUCCAACAAAAAUUAGGCAAAGUUACCUUCUAAUAAUUCUAAUAAGUAUAGGUGACAUGACAAUUCUUGUAAGUUGAAAUUGGCGUUUAUAAAUUUCAUCGCUAAUUCAAUUUUUGCAUUAUUAAAUUAAAGGGUGGUGUAGCCAUGCAGGGUUUAAUAGCAUGUCUUGACAAAUUACGUUAAUAGAAUAUAAAUCAUGAGAAUUAGGUUGUUUGACUGAGUUUAUUAAACAUAAAGGCAAUUUUAUUUCCAUGAUAAAUUCAAAACGUUUCAAAAAGUGCCGAGACCACGACUUGAACUGCAUGUGGACUGGGAAAAAAACGAAAUUAAGUUCAGUUUAUAUAUUUUGACGUCUCGAGCGAAACAUCCGACGAAUGUGGAAGUAUUUUUUUCAUGUAGUUCUAACCCAAAGCUCAGCUGCAUCCUAGUUAUAAAAAAUACUAUAUACCUGCAUUAGAGCUCCAAUUUCGAGAACUAUAUACAGUAUGAUAUAUCAACAUACGAAAUUCCAGUAAUUCUCCAUUAGACUAUCGAUCAGCAAGCAUAUCUCAGGUAUAAAUUAAUUCGUUACACAAGCGAGACAUCUUGAUCGACAUACAGGCAUUUUUAUGCUCUAAUUUAACAAUGAACUUUAAUUUGGUAAAUAAUGGUAAAUCCAUGGAUAUUCCCAUGGAUAUACAAAUUGUACAACGUACCUAUUUUAUUGGCUGAAAUCUUGGGUUGAAAUGAGUGCUCAACGCGAAUGUUGUACAUGGCUUGUGAAACGUCUGAUCAGAACAUUUCGUAUUCUUCAACAAUUUAAAAUAAAUUAAUGAUAUUUGGUGAGAAAAUAGAUCUUUCCCCUUAUGAGUGAAAUUUUGAUCUAGAUAUGCUUGGACAAAAAUUUCAUCAUAGCUUGAAAGAGCAUCACAAAAUUAGUAAUGUUUCGUUUCGAAAUGUUGUAAAAUGCGGAUAAUAUAGCCUUGCUAAUAGUUUGCCGUUUUUCAGUCAUUUUGCCAUUACAAACGGGAAAUUGAUAAUCAGAUGAUCAAACUGAUUAUCAAUUUUUCCAUUUGUAAUACAAAAUGACUCAACAAAAAACGGCAAACUUCGUAAGACUAUAUUAUCCGCAUUUUACAACAUAUUCGGAAUAUUACUAAUUUUGUGAUGCUCUUUCAAUCUGUGCUGAAAUUUUUGUCCAGACUUGUCUAGAUCAAAAUUUCACUCAAAAGGGGAAAGGUCUAUUGAACCGAAGUUUAUGUUAAUCAGCAUGAUUCUGUAGAUAUACAAACUCCUUCACGCUCAUGAUUUCCUUUGUGUUUCUUUUAUGAAUUAUUAAUGAGUUUCACAACUAAUCAUAGAUAAAGCAUGACCGUGUUGUAUCAGAUAUAUAAACUAUAUAGAAACUCCAGCCGAAGGCGAGAGGUUGUAUGUCUGAUACAACACGGACGCGAAUCGAUGCUUUAUAUGACUUGUGAAACGUCUCGAUGAGAACAUUCGUAUUCUUCAUCAAUUAAAAUAAAUUAAUGAUAUUUGGUGAAAAUUUAAUGAAUAAUGUAAAUCAGUAUGAUUUCUGUAUCAGAUAUAAACAAACUCCUUGACACUGAAAGUUUUUUUGUGUUUUCUUCAUUAAUUAUUAUUUAAGUAUAGUUAAUUAGUUAUCCUUCGGUUUCAUACUGCAGAGAUAUGUCCUGCAUAACAAAUAUGGAAAAAAAACAUGUCACGAUCUAAAACAAAUACUUAGAAGGACAUAUAUCUAAUUAUUUCAUGUACUGUACAGGUCCUGAAUGUACAUUAUAUAUAGGAGCAAUACUCCAAUAGUCAAGAUAGAUAUAAUUUGUCAUAUAUACUGAUGCGCGUCGAGAACGUGCAUUGAUCAUAUAUCGCUACAAUUACAAAUUUUGACAUAUGUACAUUUAUAGCAAUUUCUCUGAUGUUACUAUUCUCAUCAGUAUAACUGGCUAUUCUUGUUUCAUUUGGUUGACUCACAGGGCUAAGCAUUAGUACAUUAAGCGAGUGAAUACGAGGACUGAAAAAGGGUAAAUUUUAUACUGCAUCGUGCAUGCAUGUGAACUAAUGAGUAAUGUACACAUAGUAUAGGUAUAUGAGUACAUUCGGUUCAUUUUUAGUAUACUUGGAUUGAAAAUGAAAUAAUAUAUGGCAUUUGUGUACCUAUAGCUAAGAUCAUUUCUGUGUACAGUACACUUUUAGACAGACGACAGUUUACCAAUUUUCUGAUUUCAUAAUAAUUCAUUAUGUGGAUGCAUGCAUGUUGUGAUUUGUUUGCAUGCAUUAUGAAUGUACGUCCAUUGUCAUUGAUUGCUCCUCAAAUGACGCGCGAGGUAUUCAAAUCUGAUGACAUAUAUUAAAUAGAGCUUAGCUUAUAUUUUUGUUUUUGCUGAUCUAUAGCAUGCAUUAUUGGAAACAUAUGCUUCGCAAUUUGGCCACAGUAUUUCAAAGUUAUAACAUGCAAUCGUGAUUUAAUAUUGUACAUCAGUAUAGGAAACUAUAAAUACCGAAAUAAAUUAAAGUAAAGAUUCUCGGUCAUAGACUGAUUUGUCUUGAUGUGGUGUUGUAAAAUCUCGUACAUAUAGCUAAGUGAACUUUCGUUUUGAAAUUUUCUUUUAACUUUAGUGCGCUUAAUUAUAGCUGUAUAUCGGCACACCCAAAAGUGUUCAUUGACAUUGAAAUAAUUUAACAACUGUCCUUGAGGGUAGAAACAGCGGCUAUCAGUCACUGUAUAGUAUUUGCGGCUGUCAUAACUGUUAUUGUUGUCAAAGAGGGCGAGUCUUUGACUUGACAACUUAGUAACGCUCAUUCUUAGGAAUAAUAUACAUGAACUGAAUUCACAAAAAACCUCAUAAUAUCCUAUGAUAUAUAUUAAAAAUAUAUUACUAGACGAUAUAAAUAUCAUUUAUUAGAUGGUAUAGGCUGUAUAGCUCUAUAAAUAAAAUACGGUAACUAUAUACGACUAAUAUUUGGCAGUGGCUAAUGUUUUAGGCCACUACACGUGCAGCACUCAAUUUUAUUAAAAAGCUACUCUAGCUGUACCAUACAUAACCACAAAACUCGUUAUUUUUUCACUCAGCAUAUAUUAUACUUUGAUUUACUGUUGAUACUGUUUGACAUAACAUCACUCUAUUUCGGAAUUGCAUUGCACGUUGCAGUAACAAUUGCCUCGAUUCGCGUAACAUGUCCAGCUAGUUUAGGGAAAUUGUGGACUUUCUAUACUAUGUGCCGGACUAUGCAACAAAGCAUCAAGAAUUGUCUUCAAAACUGUGGCGCGAUAGCCGUAUUUACAGUGUGACAACUCUCGACGUUUUAACAGUAAUUCAUUAUGAUAUAUGAUAGUUAUAAUAUAACUAUGUCAUAUAUAACUCAUUAUCAUAUAUGAUAGUUAUGAUAUAACUCAUUAUCAUAUAUGAUAGUUAUAAUGUACUAUUUAAAAAACGAGCAGGAGUGUUUUCUUAGGUCUAAAGCCACUCGCGCUGCGCGCUCGUGGCUUUAAACCUAAUAAAACACUCGUGUUCGUUUUUUUAAAUAGUACUUACAACAAUGUCCCAUACAAUGAUAGACUAUGCAGACUUUGUGAGUUAAAUGAAGUAGGAGAUGAACGUCACUUUUUAAUGCCUUAUACAAACAUGAAGUUCAUCGACCUCAGGACAAAAUUCAUUGAUAAUUUAUAUAAAAUAAAUAGGUUUUUCAACUUAUUUACUUCGGAAAACCUAUUUAUAUAUAUUAUGGCUAUGAAGGAUAAGUCAAUAAUGAAGUUAGUAGGCAAAUAUUGUUUCGACGUUUUGGCUGCUUUUGAUAGCCUGGUCUAAUUACUCACGUGUGCGUGUGUAUGUAUGUGUAUUUAUACAUUUAUCAACUUUUUUCAUAUAUAUUAAUAUCUAUGUUAUUGUUAUGGACCGUAACGACUUAUUUAGUUAUUUACCCAUGUAUUCUAUGUCCCAAUAUUGGGACUUUGUUUGAAUAAAUUAUUAUUAUUAUUAUUAUAUGAUACAUUUGUAAUCCAUCAUUGCGGCACACAUUGGCUUAAUAAUAUUUUAUCACUGCCAAUAUAGACUGUGUAUGAAGACAUUAACAAUAUGCAUGCAUGGAGUUGCAUGGUUUCCUUUAUAACAUUUAUAUCGAGCUUGAGAUAUAAGUUUUGUGCUAACCAUUCUAACAUUUAGGGUAUGGCUAUACUGUAUACCGGCUCGUUUUUAAUUUUGCAAUUUAGCUGAAUCAUUCAUAUAGUUACCCACGAGGGCGGAGGAGAGUGAAGAAUGAUAAAAAUAUAUUUGCAAGGAAUAUUCUGACUGACUAGAUAAUGCAAGGAUUCACCACUUUAGUCUUUAUAUAUCUCACUGAACAUCGCAAAUGUGUUGUUUUCGUCCUCGAUAUAUACAACCGAUCUAUAUAAAACACCGAUCUGCUGUUGUAGAAUAUAUCUCGGUAUACAUAUGCAAAUUUUGUACAUUAUUGUACAUGAUCUAAAGGGAACUUCAUUUCAACUGCUCCGCUAGUAAACUUAUAUAAAGUUUAACUCACAUGCUUGCAGUUGCAUGUCCUAAUGUGAACAAAGAUUUUGUUAUUUUGCGACAUAAAGAUAGAACAUAAGCACAGAUCUCUAUAAGGAUAUAUAUAAGCGAAAGAUAGGCUAAUUGAAAGGAUAUUUCUUUUCGUUAUGCCUUUACAAGCUCCAGGGCAGAGUUAAACAAUCCCGUUUUGCUUUUUUCUAUACCUAUAUAUGCGUAUUUUAUUAGAGGUGCUGGGUUAUAGCGUGUUAACUUGAUAGGAGUGAAAUUAAAACGUAUACUCAUACAGCUAUUAGCAUCUUUCUAUAACAAAAUUUAUUUAAUUCUAGGUAAAGAUAUAUCCCAUUUUGUAUAAGGUUGAUUUAGAUAUUAACAUUUAUAGUCAAGUAUUUUAUUGUUAUUAUAUACAUUUAGGUUAUUAAAGAAGUAUAAACUGCGUGCACUGUGGUAUAGUAGUUAUUUGAUUAAUUUAAGACGUCAUGUGGCAGAUUAGCUCCAGCUUAGCCUGGGUGUAGAAACUUAACAUUCUUUAAAAAGUUUAUUAUUAUCACAGUCUUGUAAACAUGAAGACGCCAGCUAGUCAAUCUGAGAAUAGAAAAAUUAACUCCUUUAUUAUAUAUAAUAGCUUAAACUAAACGUGAUAUACAAGUGAAAAAUUGUUGCCCACUUCGAUACCAUGCAUGGAUAUGUACUGUACAUAAAUCAUAAAUGCUCAAAAUGAAGCCAGGUACGAAUCUAAAAUGAGAUAAGAAAAAUACACAGCAGGCAAUAGGGAAUGCUGCUGCAACACAUUUUAGCAGCUUAUUUUAUUGUUAAAGUCAUUUACAUCAAAGCCAAUGGGUUUUAUUCAUAAUUGUUUUCUUAAUAAUGCUGUUUAUUUUUAAUUCUUAAUUAAACUUGGUCGCUACAUAUACUGCAUGUAUAUAACAAAAAGAUUUAUUCCCCCGGGGAAUAAUUUGUUUUGUUCUCCCUCGAAUCCGAUGUUUCCCUCGAUUUCGUCUCGGAUACAUUGACCUGCAUGACUCUCGGAAAAACAAAAAUUAAUUAUUUCCCACAUCAGUCAUAAGCCGUGUGGCGCUUCUGUGUAUACAUUAAUCAUUAUAGCCGCCAUUAUUCUCGAAGCAUCGAACUAUUUUCCUAGGGUCUCCAUGUGCAAGUAGUUGUAUAUCCUUCAACUAACUUCUCGAAUUUUGAUCCCACCAACAAUGUGUUCUUUCUACAUUAGUACUUUUCCACGAAAGUCGAUGUUGGCUAGAACCCUAGGGCCCUUUUAAGCUAUCAUUUCGCCCUCCGUGACUUUAAUAUCAGGCAGUUCAAGUUAACGACAUUUUCUCUACAUCCUGCAUGCACAGAUUGCGCAACGGCUCCAUAUGUCAUGUUGAUGAUUUGUUAGUAUAUAGAAUAUAUAAGUGGGAUUAUAAUGACAGUAGUUUUAUAUACUGUAUUAUACAACAUCAAGAUCACAUAUUAUGCUGUAGGUGGCCGAUCUUCAUUAACAUUUUAAUCCAAUUUUAAAUCACACGCGAUACAAAACAAUGGACAAUCCGAAAAUGGACUAUUAACAUCAGUUCAUUUUUAACAUAUUUUACUUAACAUCAGUUCAUUUUAACAUAUUUUAUUUGCAUUAUGUCGAAUAAAAAUGUUAAUCAUUUUAAGAGUGUCCAUUGUUAGCAUUUUGAAAAAUUGCUCUGCAGUCAGUGCAGUGGCGACCGUAACUUGCGGUAUGUUAAACUUCCCUCUAAAAUGUUGCUUAUAGAGAGAAUAUGUGAGAGAAUAUAGAUGGAUUUAAGAGGUGUUUACAUUAAUUCAACACAUUGUAAUAAAGUUGCGCUCUCGUCAAUCUCUCCUGAGAUAAACAUUUAGUAAACGGGUUAGGCAAAUGAUUAAUAUAUAUGAUCGUGCGUAAAGGGGAAAUACCAAGCGUUAAAGUAAUAACAUAAGUAAGAGUGUUCUUAUGUUAUUUUUUCAUUUUGACACAUAAUUUGGUUACAGAUAUAGUGAUAUUUAUACAUUCAGGUUAUGUCUAAUUUGCAUAACGCGCAUAUACCUAGUUGAUACCAUACGUACUGUAUGAAGAAUGAAAAAUAGCUAAUCUACUGACAUGAGUUUGAUAUCAAUCCAGAGGCAGGGCGACAAUCUAUUCAAAAAAACAAUUAUAUAGGCCUAUCAACUGUUCAGCCUACAUACAGUUAGUAUAUACAAUUCAAAACUAAAGAUUAACCCUAUAAGAAUUAGAAUAGUCAAGUUUUCAAAUCUCUUUGAUGUUUAUAUAGGGAUAGAAGUUCAUUUGCUUUAUCGCCUUACAUCUAGCAAUACAUGACAAUUCAUCUUAUUUUUGGACUUUAUAUGUAAUUUCCUCUUAUUCUUAUCGAUUUCCUUAAUUUAACCAGAGAGUUAAACAUGGCAGCAUAUGAUGAUUAUCUGUCAUGCAUCCGGCAGGAAAUUUAUACUUAAGUUAUACUUAUAUAUUGCUCUAUACAUAGAUCACUAUUUUUUGCUCUAUUAUAUAUGCUUUACUUUUCAUUAAUUAACCUAAGUUUUUUUAAGAUUAGUUAUGAUAACUUUCGUUCAAAAUCUGUGGAUUCCGCAUUAGAAACCAUUGAGGCAAAUUCGCAUGGUCACGUGAUUUGGGGAUCAGCAUAUGCAGGAUAGGAACAAAGAAGUAACCUUUACCUUUCGACUUUCCAAAUCUUCACUUUUUUUUGCCUGUUAGCACACUUCAUAGCUGUUGCAUGUUAAUCAGGCUUUAUAGUUGUAUAUAUUAUUGAUAUAUUUGGGUUUUAGUGGACAAAUAAAAGAUUUUCAUAGCUAAUAUAUUAGCUAUAUAAAAAAGCCUCUUAACGUUUUAAAAUACACCACCAAUACCGACAGGAUUGGGUGUGCUGCCCUUGCCAAGGGAUUAUUAGGCCUAAGUGUACUUUACUUAUACUUGAAAGGUUUAAACAUUUUUUAAUUCAAGAUGGGAUGAAAGUCAUGAAAUGCUGCCAUUUUGCCGUUAGCAACUGUAGUUGCGUGACGUUCCACUGAUUAAAGUGUUGUUAUUUUUUCUUGAAAGAGCUCCGACAAUUCAUUGGUGUUAUAAUCUGUCAACACUGCUUACGUUGGCAAUCAUUCAUAACACCCACACUCAAGAACAGAAAUACUGCAGAUGUCAUACAUAUAGGAAGUCGUGUUUGCAUGCAUGAUAUACUCGACUUGAACCAUCAAACUCAAUCUGUAGCAAGAUGCCAUAUAUUUGUUUAUGUAUACACUGCUAUUCAAUUCACAUUCCCCGACGAAUCACAUGCUUAUAUUUACCGCUGUUCUGAGAAAGUAUAGAUAGAAUCGAACAAUCAUUAAAUUAUGUCGUGGAUAUAGAGUGGCAACUGGUAAUCUGGCAUAUAGCUCAUUAGGUCAUCAGGUACUAUUACAUAUCUUGCAUAAUAUUCACCGCACAGUGUUCCAUAUAUAAUAAUAAUACAUUCCAGUUUGUCAGUAUGAAUGCAUGUAACACCGCUUUUUUUAUAAUUGUGGAUCUUUAUAACUUCUUCAAAGAGUGUUAAAAACAAUGAUCAACUCCUUCAUGGGAGUAAAGAAAAAUAUAAAAUUACAAUAUAAUUAAUUGGUUAAUUGGUGUCAGCCAAUAACUUACUACCCACUUAAUUUGUGCCCAAAUUAUUGUUCUAUCCGAGUUUCUGCUUAGUACGCGACUAGCAAGUUGGAAGGCAUGGAAGCAUCAGCCGCGCCAUUGUCUCUGCACUUUUGGAUUGCGCAUUCCUGCCGGCCUAAUCGCCUAUAUAUUAUUGCCCCAAAUCAAACAAACGCUGUCUUAUUGAUCUUUUCAUUCAGCUUCGCUACUAAUACAAACAAUUUUGAUUAUAACUAAUAAAACACAUGCGGAAGAAACGUUUUGAAACAUACUGUAUAUAGUUUUAAACGCAGGCUUCACGGAAGCUCGCAAGUGGUAACAGCGUCACGGCUAUGUACUUUCUCAUUGAUUCUUUCCACGUUUCCACCCAUACAUUCCUCGUGCAAUCGCGUUUGUGUACAUUCAUGCACUGCCUAAUUUACCCUGGGAAAACCACAAGUGCCUCACUUGAACUUAAAUUAGCUUAUUAUUUCUAUAGAAGUCUCAACGUCGAAAAAGUAUACAGGCGGUCGACAUCAGCAGACAAUCGUAUAAACUGAGAAUGCGCACUUGUGGGUAUAUAAUUAAAUCAAGUGUUAAAUGUUAUUCGUAGGAGUCGUAUAUGUAUCAUGUGAAAUCUGGUUAGUGUAUCCCAAUUAGGUUUAAUUAAAUAAAUUAAUGUGCAUUUUUUUACAGUUCACGGUAAAUUGGGUGUUAGACUAUAUAAGGUUAGAAUAAAACUUUUUUUACUAACUUAAAAGUUAGUAAACAAAACUAAAAUAAAUUGUAUACUUGUACAAAUUACGACAAAGGGUACGAAAAAUUUGUACAUACACACUGCAUUGCAGGUCAGAUAUUAAGGCCCCCUUUACAUGAGCCCGGGUUGACUAUCAACCCGGGUUGGCUUGCCAACCCGGGUCAACCCGUCUACGAAUAAAUCUCUAUUAGCGUUUACACGAUAGCCGGGUCAACCUUUCACACCACGCCAACCCGGGGUACCCUUCUCUCGACCCGGGUUGGCGAGGUGUGAACGCGUGAAAAGUUUAUUCAUUUCUUCAUGUAAAGCCGGGUUGGCUUGACCCGGGAUCAUGUAAAGUGCGGUAAAUUCAUGAUUGUGAACUUUGCACCUAGCGUCAUAUCGAAUUCAACAUUUUGCGCGCGCAUGUUCUCCGUCUCUGUUUAGUACAGACGUCUCUGAAGGAUUAUAAGACGGAGCUGAGAUGGAUUAAAAAAAUAUAGAUUUCAACUCCGAUGUUGUCGCAAUGUAUUCAAAGUUGCGCGAAGGUAUGGCGUUGGCGUUCGAUGCCGAAUAUUUGAGGAGCUAUCAAAAAAGAAAGAAAACGUCUUUAAGGCAGAAUUAAGUUGCUAUACGGUUAAAUCCCUGAUAAAAAGGGAUAUAAUCGUAUACUGAAAGAUAUAAGAGCCAAAACUAAAAGGAAUAUGAUCGUAUGAGCUCUAUAAGGGAUACAAAAUACACUCUGCUCCAGUCUGUUGCUCGGAAUAUUACUCGAGUCAGCCUGGGUUGAGAAUUGCUGACCCGGGUUGGCAAAAAUUUUCGUCAACCCGGGUUCAUGUAAACAGAAUAAAAAAAUAACCACCUGUUGUGUGCUGACCCGGGUUGAAAAUCAACCCGGGCUCGUGUAAAGGGGGCCUAAGAGGCUAUUGUAUUAAUUAAGCUGUUGUGGCGAGUAUUUUUUUAAUCAAAACUUUUUGUUUUGCUCAAAUUAACAUCUGUGGGCGUGGCAUCAAACGGAUUAUUUGGCACACUCAAAUGCCCCGCACGGGUUGUUGUAUCGUGGCAAAAUGGCUCCAGUAAGGGAAAAGGUGUUCAAUAGAAGUGUUACAGAUAUAAAAAAUGGGCCUUCGCUCGAAACGUCGCCAAAUUCUCCUAAUAUAUUUUCAGGUAGUUGCAUCCGUACAAACGAAAGCUUGUUCAUUUGGCAGUGCAUUCUACGUUCGAAACACAAAAGUUUCGCAUGGAAAACAAUUACCUUUCACACCACAGCAUCAAACGGGCAUUUUAUGAACAAAAACAAAAUGUUUUAGUUGGCAAAUUUCGGAGAACAGACGUUUGAAACUGGUAAUAUAACAGAAUUUCACAACAACUGCAAAUACAACGCAAACUUAUAUCUAAGCGUAGAAAAAUCCGAGGAAGACUGUUACUUAUUUGCAAAUUGCAUUUCAUUUACUUUAAUUUGCACUAGCUGAGGAGUGCCUGUUUUUAGUUGAUUCUACUCUAUCAACGUCAACGAACAAUUGAGACUCGCUUCUUUUUUUAUUGUCCAUCUGCAGAUGCGUGGCUAGACCAGUGUCAACCUCGUACCCAGGCUCUUACCUUCGCACGCCCUGGACGAGAUUGGACCAAUGUCUGGUCUAAUACUUACUUGACAUAUAAGUUUUUAUUUUGUCUCGUUUUAUCCUAUGCUGCAUAACUAUCCCAUAGAAAGGCCUAGAAAUACUCAGCAAUAUUUGACCUUUACUUGCAAUUCUCUACCUCACAGUACAUUUCGUGACCUGUCAAAUAAGCUGACGACAGAUUAUCUCAAAGGGGGUAAACAACAAAGUCCUCCUUAAAAUAGAAUAAAAUUUUACUCGAGAUGUACUUUAUAAUAACUUCAAGUGUAUUUGUCUGAACAGGAUAUUAAAGGUAUUUACUGUAUAUAUUUGUUAAAAGAUUGCGAUCUUUGCUUAAUUAAUUAGAAUUGGGUGUACCUCAGGGGAAGGUUGUAUAAUCUCUACUUUUUACCCACUGUUUUGCAGUUAAAAUUGGUUAACUUUCGCACUAACUGUAGUUUAAUUAGCACUAACUGUCAUUUUAUUAAAUAGUUUAUGUCACCACAUUUAUUUUCUCUGGCACAAGUUUUUAUAUGACAAGUUCUAUUUUUUUGUAUUUGUUGGUGCCAUGUACUCAGGUGAAUAUGUCAGUGAAGUGUACUCAGGUGAAUAUAUAAACAAGCGCACUUGUCGUAGAAAAAAUUGGCAAAGUGAAAAUUUGGCGAAGAAAUUUGAAUAGUUGUUGUAGGGGCUGUAUUUAUAUUUUAUACCAUAGGGGACUAGUCAUAAAGUAACUGCUAUAGGGUGGGCUGGAGGUAAAUCACAAAUUUUGCCAAUAAGGUUGAUGACCCAUCUUGGGAUGUGGAUAAAAAUUUCAAAGCCCAUCUAAUCGUUACAAAAAAAUUUUCAUGACCCACCCAAUCUAAAUUGGAAAAAUACACUUUUAUAAUAAAAAAAAAACAACUUGCAGGUAUGAACAUUGUAAAUAUACACGGCACUGUAUUGACAUACAUAAUUCCAUCAAGCUUGACCAACACAUUCAUCACCAUUUUACGAUACUGAUAUGCUCACCAUUUGACUGUAUCUGCUGUGAUUCGACCACUUCUUGUUGUUGUAUAAACAAAGUACUGGCUUCAAUAGCAGCAUUUGCAUUUGAUAAUUUGGAUAUAGUUUUGUAUACUUUUAUUAUUAAUAUCUUUAUUAUUUGAAGUAGACAUGCAUGAGUUUUUGUUUGGUGGCCCAACCGUGGACAUACCAAAACAUUGGCGGCCCAUCGAAACUGCCCAAAGAUUUUCCAUGGCCCAUCCCAAAUCACUCCAGCCCACCCUAGCAGUUACUUUAUGACCGGUCCCUAGCUAUCGUGAAGAAAACAAAAAUCUUGUUAUAGAAAAUUUGUUGCACGCAUAUACACACGUGCAAUCACAGGUGCAAUUGACAGACAAAACAAGAAUUUUACUUGUUAGAAUAAUUGUGAUUUAUAAAAGAAAAGAGAGAACAAGAUGGCAGCCGAGAACAAAACGGAAGCCGAUGACGUUUCAAUAUGGUCGAUAUUUUAAGUUUUAAGAUUACCAUCAGUUUAAAAAGUUAUUGAUUCAAAAUUAUGAAAAAAUAUCCUGUCCUCUCAAAAAGCUUCGAACAAAAAUGCCUGAGUAUAAUAUCCGGUUCUUAAGAUAUCUGUCGUUGUUUGUUCAAUUAAACUUGAGCAUUUCUAUCAUCUUUGCACUUUAAAUCCAUUUGUCUUUCAACAGCCUGUUUUCUAUCACUCACUCUGCAUGGAAGAAAACGUAACUGCAUAAUAUGCAUCUCCAUGCGGCCCGAUGUACAUACAUCUUAAUCGUUAUUAGUAGCUUAUAUAUUCAUAAAAAAAACUGUAAAUAUAUUUACUGUAAAUAGGUUUGAAAGAAGAAAAUAUAUGUUCGAACACACUCCUUGGAGAAUACGAAUAUUCAUUUUCGCAAUGAAAUGAAAUGAAAGGGAUCAUAUCUGACUAUUGUUCUGUCUUCUGGUAUUAAAUAUCAUUGCACAAUUUAUACAUUUCGUCGUUGGACAUUUUUAUAGCGGAUGCGGAAGCACAAUGGACAGACAUGCUUUACAGUUACGGUAAAUUUAUAUUGAAGAGUUUUAACACUGCCUUCAUUCCUGGCUCCAUUUCUCGGAACAAUGUCGUUCGAAAUAUAAGAAAUAUAUUGAUAUAAAUAUAAUAUAUAAAUUUGGCAUCACGUAAAAUAGCUGUCGUCACCAUACACACAGUAUACAGCAAAUGUAGCUCUAAAAUUGAAUAGACUUAUCUUUAUAUUAAUAGCAUUUCCCCAUUUUAUUCGAUUUGUAUAAAGAUAAGUCUAUUCAAUUUUAGAGCUACAUUUGCUAUAUACAGUUUUUUAUGGUGACGACAGCUAUUUUAUGUGAUGCCAAAUUUAUAUAUUAUAUUUAUAUUCAUAUAUUUCUUAUAUUUCAAACGACAUUGUUCCGAGAAAUGGAGCCAGGAAUGAAGGCAGUGUUAAAACUCUCCAAUAACACUUUACCGUAACUGUAAAGCAUGUCCGUUGUGCUUCCGCAUCCGCUAUAAAAAUGUCCAAUGACGAAAUGUAUAAAUUGUGGAAUGAUCUUUAAUAUCUGGGGCCGAUUGUAUAAAAAAGUGAUUAAAGUUAACUAUAGUUAGUGGAAACGUCAUCCAAUAAAAAGCGCGUAUUUGAGAGUUAAUCACUAUUUAACUACAAAAUAGUGAUUAAAAAAGUGAUUAAGAGUUUUAUACAACGGCCCCUGGUUAUUUCAGCAGCGAACGAAAAAGAGUUAACUACUUUUUAACUCCAGUUAGCGCUAACUACGUUUUUAUACAACCGGCCCCAGAACAAUACUCAUAUAUGAUCCAUUUCAUGCAGAAAAUGAAUAUUCGUAUUCUCCAAGGAGUGUGUUCGAACUCGUACUCUCUAGAAGUGCUGCUCACCACUUAUAAAAUUAUAUAGUAAGACGUGCAGUUUAACGCAAGUUAUUACAGACAUAUACUGUACCCCUGACUUGUUUCCGGCAAGGUUUGGUUGGGUUAGCAAGUCAUUAUUAGUAAGUUCUUGCUGUACAAUGUGUGGUUCAUAUAGUCAUGGGUACAUGAUUUGCUUCAACAAAAAUGAUACGAAGUGAACGCAGAAGGGUUUCGUAGAUGGAAAUUUCGAGUGUGAAUCAUUAUACAUUUAUUAGAUCCAACCCAGAGCAGUGUCGAAAAAUGAAACUAUAUGCCAUCUGGCAGGAAUCGAUCUGGCAGGAUUCCGGCACAGCGCUCUAACCAACUGAGCUACUACAGAGGCCAGUUUUCGAGCUCUAACGGCAAGUAUAUGUACAUAUAUACUAAGGCUACGCCAGUGCAGGUGUACUAACUUAUGUCAUCGAGUGCAGAUGCCCAAAACCCUGAUGUUUACGAAGUGCAUGCAUGUAGUCCCAUCAGACGUGUUACAAAAGAUUCCAAUUAUACUAAACUUAAUCGUUCUGCAAAUCAACUUAUGACUUGUUAACAAGUUUUAAUUUACAAGUUUGUAGCAAUUUGAUAAAAUAACAGCAUGAUCAUGUUGUUACCAACAUAAUUGAGAGAUUGUAGUUUUGCACGCGUAUACGUGAUUACAAGGCAUAAAUUUUACGUUCUUGAAUUAGUUUUUGACUUUUUGUAAAUUGCUUAUUUUUGCAAGGUUAAUCGAGGUUAGCUCUUAUAGCUGAGAAACACAGAAGCCAAAUUCAUGUUGACAGUUUCUCAGACGUCUCGACAAUUCUGUACUUGACAAAACUCCGUCGUGGUUCUUGUCCGCCAAAAACAUAUAAUUAACAAUUAGAGUGACGAGAAAAUAAGGUGUUUAAUAUGUCGAAAUGCCAAUUAUGCAAAGUUUCGGGAAAUAACCUUCAUGCACAUUAAUAAACAACAAGAUCUAAUUAUAUUUCUUGGUUUAAUUUAAUUUAAAUCAAUAUUUGCCAACAAAUCACCUGACAGCUCAUUAUCAUGGAUUAAUAGUAGUAGUUGUUAAAAGAAUUCGAAUCUUAACCUAUUUUGUUUCCCAUCUCAAUUAUCCACGUAGAGCUGCUUCUCGCGUGUCCGCUAUGCCUCUAAAUAAUUAAUUGAUCAUUUUGUUCACUUAUUCAAUAAUUAAUUUGGCUUAUACGAGCUUCUAAACUAAAAAAAAUAGGUAUGGACUAUGUGUCUAUGUCACUUUAGCAACAUAAAUUUGUUGUAAUAUAUAACUGACUAAGAUGCCACAAACAUUAAUUGGCUUUUUUCAACUUAUAAUUGUUCAUGCUAAAGUUCUACAAAUAUGGCGGCCAAGAUUAUGUUUACAUUUGUUGUUUGUACGUUGACCUUUAUACUCUAGAUCAACACAGUAACCCCAAGUUACAAUUAUUACAAAUCAUAAUCAAGUUACAAAUUAUAACAUUCUCCCAGUCUUUAAACACUUCUGUUUAUAAAUAACAAAAAAGUUAUAAUUUAAUCAUUCUGUUAUAGUCUAAAUACUGUAAUCACCGUCAUUCAUAAAUUAAGACUAUUAACCGGACGACAAGUGCGCGUCGACCGUCAUAAGGACGAUUGCCCAUCAUGGCAAUUACUUAUCCCUGGUGUCUCUGUCGAGGGUAUUGUUCAUUUUGAGUUGGAUUUCAUCUUCCACUGUCUUGUGGUUCAUCCAUUGAAUCAUCAUUCAUCAACAUUUUCCUCCGCUGCUUCGGGAAUUGCGUGGGAUUGCACAGGUGGCUGGCAGGUCAAAUCAAGACCUCGGGGUGCAAGAUGCUUGAUAGCAACAGUUGAUUAUCUGCAAUUGGGAUACCGCACCUGCAUGGGCAUAAUGGGGUAACCUAAUGGGGUAAGCUAACGCUUGGAGUAAUUCUACCUCGUCUACCAAAGGAUCAUGUUUGCUUGAACGAACUUGGCGUUUUACGAGGACAGGUCCAGAUUGCAAUAGCACAGAAUGUAGAGCGUCGGCGAGAACUUCUUCCCAAUAUUUAACUGGAAGAUCCAUCGAUUUUUAAAGGAAGUGACAAUGCCUUUCUAGAUUAUCCAAUUGUACCUCUCUACCUGACCAUUCCCCUCAGUACGACUGGUAGCCACUCCUUUGCCAAUAAUAAACGUCCGCAAUUCUGUCAGUCCGGGUGAUAUGGAACUGCGGCUUGCAUUCGUUGCAUAAUUUACACGUGCUUGUGACUCUUAUAAUCUCCUCAAGGGUAUACGGGAGGUUCUUUGAUCUCACAAAAUCAUCAUAUAAUCUUGUAACACCAGAGUGAUUCGUGGAGGUUGUAAAGUGACUCUGACGUCGUAGCGCAAUUAGCACGAGAUAGGGUGUCAGGUGCAACAUUUGACUUUCCUGGUCGGAUGCUGAUAUCGAAAUUGUAGCAAGCCCAGUUGGAGUUCCCAACGCAUAAUCUUAUCAUAUAGGACCACGACUUUUGGUCAGUUUUCAGAGUGAAAUGUCUCACCGAUAGAAAAUGUCUCCAAUACCGAACUGCUUCGAUAAUUGAUUGAGCUUCUUUCUCCACAGCUGUGUGUUUAACCUCGCUCCCUUGAAGUGUUCUAGAGAAGAAGUUUACAGGUCUAUUAUUUUGAUUGAGUGUGGCUGCUAAUGCCACAUCAGAAGCAUCAGUUUCAACUUCAAACGCAAUACUUUCGUCCACAGCAGUGACAACAGUUUUCUCUAUUGUUUCCUCGAGGCUUUCAAAUGCGUCGACAGCUUCCUGGGAAAGCGGAAAGGUCGUAGAGGUCGAAGACGUGCUGGGUUUGGCCGAAUUUCUCCAUCCUCGACUUUAUAUCCGAGAAUAGAAAGCACCUUGUCGAGAACACACUCUUUCCUUUGUUGUAAUUAACGUUCUUACGCUUUGCAGCGUCCAGAUCUUUCCCACAGAUCGUGAUAUUAUCAAGAUACGGAAAUGUUGCCGGUUAAGAUUCUCUUCUUGUACAAAUGUUACAACUUCCCUUUGAAAACAGGCAACGCCAUUCGUGACACCGAACGGAAGACGUGAAAACUGAUAGAGGCCUCCCCGAGCUUCGAAUGCUCUGCAAGAUUUGUCUCCCUCCUUCAGUGGUACUUGAUGGUAUGCACUGCGCAAAUCGAUUGUACUGAAGACUUUAUACUGGGCGAUUUGACUUUCUUUCCAUUUUGAGCUCCCCUGCCAUCAUGGGCCCCUAAAAUUAAAACAUUGGAAAAGAUAUAGAUUUUGAUUUUGAAAAUCAAGAUUAAGAUAUUACAAUUUAUAUUUUAAAAAUCAAUUUUAGGGAAAAAAGAUUAAUUAGCGACUGAAAUGUUUCAUGUUUGAUUAGUAAACCCCCACCCCAAUCUUGAUCCAUCCAUCACUGGGCCCCCAUCAGACGUUGCUCAUUCGUCGUCCUUUUUAAGACCCCAGCACGUCCCUGCAGUCUGUGACAGCAUUGGUAGUGACAAAAACGCCAGAAAACUGCGGAUGUAUAGGGAUUCAACUACCUGAAAACUUCGACGUCAGUUUGAGUAAAGGAUGUAUUAAUUGAACACUUUGAGUUAACGUUUUGUGCAACGCAGUUAAGUCAUGUAGUUGACUAAUUGCAGCUGAGGAUUUAACCACAGUAGUUAACGCUAACUGUAGUAACUUUAACAAUCAGCCCCUGUUAGUAGGAAUAAGUUUGAUCAUCCUCCAUGUCUUCUACUGCAUUGACAGAUCUUUUUUAUGCUAAUAUUCCCUACUGCUAUUUCCAUACUCGUGAAUUUCUACACAUUAUUGUAUGAUACAACAUGUUAUGGUACUGUAUUUUAGUUACGUUGUGUUGCGUUGCUUUCUCAAAGAAAAUUAAAUAUCUCAACAACGAAAUAUGGAAAUACAAAUCUAUAAAUUAACUUACAGUACAGUACAGUACUGUACUGUACAGUUUUGAGAAUUCUUUCGUUGAAGACAAUAACAUUUUUGCUUCGUAUGUAGUUUGUUUAAGCCGAAAUUAACCAGAAUAUCAGGCUUAUAAGUAGAGCUAAUGACAUAAACCUUAAUGCGCUCACUCUGCAUCCAGAGUUAAGUUUAUAAUUAGUUUCAAUCAAAAUGCCCCAAGGGAAAAUUCAAUUCCACGUAACAAAAACAACAAUUUAAUUAUAGUUCAAACUGCUAAAUAUAUCAUGACCAAUAGUAUAAUCUAAUUAGCAUUAACCAAUCGAAAAGAAAAGACCGAAUAAUUUUUUUUCAACAGGUGAAAAGUCGGAUUUUGCCGGGGUUGGGAUAAAACGCGGAACCGGAAUGCGGAUUCCGGAAGAGGAUUCCGGAAGAGGAUUCCGGAAGCUGAUUCCGCAAAUGAGGAUAAAACGCGGAAUUGCGUAAAAAAGAACGAGAAGAAGAAUAGCGUAUAAAAAACUUAAAUUAUUACUUUUUAAGGUCACAACCACUAAAAAGCGAUUGGCUAAAGUUACCUAGUUACCCUAGGCCUAACUUUUGAAGUCAUACAUGCAUGCAUUAGUGUUGGGAUGGGGGGGGGGGACUGUGACUUUUUGGACUAUUUCUUAAAAUUACAGAGGGAGGUGAAAAAAGCGUAUUUAUCAAGAGCGUCUUGACUUCAAAACUUCAAAACUUUUAUCUAAGUUUCUUUGUUAAUGCUAGUAAUAUUCGGGCUUUGAUGGCGCAGGUGUCAGAACAAGCGCCUUUCACCUCUGAGAUCGUGGGUUCGAUUCUCGCUAAGGAUUCGAUGUGAAAAGAGUCUGUCAACGCUACGCCAAAAGUCGUGAGUUUUCGCCGGGUGCAAAUACAGCAGAAAUCAUUCAAAGUAGGUAAAAUUACGACUUAUACGCAAGACAUAUAACGCUUGUUGGGAACAGAUUAAUAUGAACUUUGUGUCGGAUUACGCAGGUGUUUAUGCAUGGUUUUUGUCGGAUUGCUAGGUGUUGUACGCAUGCGUUUUAUCCUCAAAUGUGUAAUCCGCGUUUUAUCCUCAAAUGUGUAAUCCGCGUUUUAUCCUCAAAUGUGGAAUCUGCGUUUUAUCCUCAUUUGCGGAAUCCGCGUUUUAUCCUCAUUUGCGGAAUCCGCAUCCGGAAUCCGCUUACGGAAUCCGUAUUCCGGUUCCGCGUUUUAUCCCAACCCGAUUUGCCGUCAUUUUUACAUGCGAACGUCAGGUACUUAUGCCCGACUCUCUUAAUAAAUGGGUAUAAGCUGUAAAACAUGGAAUCUUGGAAUCUUAUCAUAUAACCGCAAAAUAUGUUAUUAUCAAGAUAUUAUUAUUAUACUUAUGUAACAUAUUGUUCUGCAUGCGAUAAUUUAAUAGUUGGUGACUAUACGUACGUUGCAGAAUUUAAUAUGUUCAUCUUGAUACCAAUACAUAUUACAUAAUAAUGUAAACGCUGUGCGCGCAUCUAAAUAAUAUCAUCGAUUUAUGAUGAGAGCUAAAAUCAAGUGCGUUGCAAGAUGACCAGGCGGGUGGCAACUAAAGAAACCACAUACAUGAUCAUCAAUAAUAUAGAACUUGAUUACUAGUGUAGACUGUAGAGGAGGAGUCAAAGUGGCUUAUUGUCUUAUAACAUAAGACAUAACCUUAAUUCGUUGAAUAUAGACAAUAUGAACUCGGCAAUUGUUCGCAAGUGUGGUAUUUUUUGACGGAAUACGAGGUGUUAUAGUGCAUCUAAUUGAGGUUUUCCUGAUUGCAAUGAUAUAUAUAUAUAAUGUAUACGGUUUCUUUAGUUGCCUCCCGCCUGGUCAUCUUGCUACGCACUUGAUUUUAGCUCUCAUCAUAAACGGACGAUAUUAUUUAGAUGCGCGCACAGCGUUUAUAUUAUUAUAUAUUGGCAGAUCAAGACGGAGAUAUUCAUUAAAUUCUGCAAUGUAUAGUAUAUUGAUAAUAUAUUACCAAGGUCUGCUUCUGUAGCUAAGUAUUAAAUUAUCGCAUGCAGAACAAUAUGUUGCAUAAGUAUAAUAAUAAUAUCUUGAUAAUAACAUAUUCUGCGGUUAUAUAGUAAGAUUCCAGGAUUCCAGAAUUCCAGUAUUUCCAAGAUUCCAGGAUUCCAAGAUUCCAUGUUUUACAGCUUACCCUUAAUUAAUGGCCUGAUACUCUGGCUAAGCCAAAUGAAUUGGCAGAGUUUUGGCAGUGCCUGUCAUCUGCUCCUCCUACUUCGCUAAUCCAGUGAUCGUAUUUCGUGUUAAACCAAUCAGGUACAAUUGUACGUAUUAUGCUUUAGUCCAAGGUGUUUUUUGUUGAUCUUACCAACAGUGUUAGACACGCGCACGCAAACACGAUCAGAUCAGGUCAGAAAUCCGCAGAACUCCUAACUCGGCAAUGCCAGCCGAAAGUAAAUGAAAGGAGGGCGACGAAACAUUGAAACCAAAGGCACCGAACCAUUUUCAAACUACAGGACCGGGCAUACCGCUUCAUAAGUUUGUCUAUGCCGUAUUUGCUUGUAAAAUUCAAGUCUCGCUUGGAUUGCUAAACGUGUCAAUGAUAAUUACAACUUUCGCAGAAAAUAUUCGGCAACUUAAAUAUUUUUCCCUAUAUUUCAUUUGCGUUUUGAAACUUCCGAAAAUAAAUUGCAGAAUGAGAAAGAUCUUAAAAAUCUUAAAGCUGCCAAAUUCAGGAUUUUAUCAUAUAAUCACAGAAUAGAUACCGGACCAUAAGGGACACUCCUAUGUGUUUUGGCUGAAGGAAAACGUCCGAAAUUUUUUUUCGUGCUAUGACGCCAUCCUGGAGUGCACACGGAACUUUGUACCUAUGUUUUCCUAUGAAAAACUUCCGUGUGCACUCCAGGAUGGCGUCAUAUGAUGGCGUAUUUUCACGUCAGCACUCGUAAAAUUUCGGACAAAAUAUCGUCGGAGUGACACUUCUGGUUCAGUAUCUAUUCUGUGAUAUAAUGUAACCUUAAUUUAAACUAAUAGGAAUCUUAUGUCUUUUAGGUGUGGUUUCAAAACCGUCGAGCAAAAUGGCGGAAACGUGAAAGAUUCCCCCAGAUUCCUGUCCGACCACCAUGUGUACCUGGUUCACCCCAUGUGUACCGAGAUUCUCCUUCAUAUGUUAACCCAAGUCCAGGCCACUGGCCUUCAACUACAGCCAUGACCAGACCUCCACAAAAAUCACAAAUCCCGUAUAAUCCACAAUUAUCUCCAGUCCUCAAUCCCAACAGAGGCGUUAUUAGAUCACCCACAUCAAAUUCUCCUCAAGGUUUUAAUGCAACAAAUAUCCCUGGUAGUCCUGUUGCACACGUGAUUACAAUGUCGUCACCUAUGACGUCAUAUAUGUCUGCGAACCGAGCAAGUCAAGCUGGUCAUCAUCCAGGAAUGAUGAGUAACAGCAUGGCAGCAUUAAUUCAUCAUGAUGCGCAUAAACCUGCGCAUGGACAGCAGAUUAAUACAUCUCAGCCGCUGUCUCAUGCGCCAAGUGGAACAAUUGUUAAUGGAGGUCACGGAGGGCAUGCUCAGAUUAUGCAAGUACCGGUUCAUAACCAAGGAAUGGAAGGAAACCCGGAUAUAGAUAGAAAGAGUCCUGGAUUAAAAGCUCUACGUAUGAAGGCAAAGGAACACUCAGUUGCUAUGGGAAUGGUUAGAAAUUUUCAAUGUUAACAAGAUCCUAUAUUUGGACACAGUCUAUCAAGAUAUCAUGGCCUAGAAAAUAAACAGAAGUAAUGGACCAUUUGCAUUAUAGACCAAAUUUUGAUCUAAACAAGUCUGGACAAAAAUUUCAUCACAGCUUGAAAGAGCAUCACAAUAUUAGCAAUAUUCCAAAGUUUCUUUGCGAAAUGUUGUAAAAUUAAUGCGGAUAAUAUAGCCUUGCGAAAUUUGCAAUUUUCAGUCAUUUUGCAUUACGCGGGGGAAUUGACAGCCCAAUGCCCUUUGGGGUGUCAAUUUCCCGUUUGUAAUACAAAAUGACUGAAAAACUGCAAACUUUGCAAGGCUAUAUUAUCCGCAUUUUACAACAUUUCGCAACGAAACUUUGGAAUAUUACUAAUUUUGUGAUGCUGUUUCAAGCUCUGAUAGACUUGUUUAGAUCAAAAUUUAGUCUAUAAUGCAAAUGGUCCAUUGUAUUAUGUUUUUGUCUAAGUUUGUGUCGAACUCAUUGUACAAUGAGUUCAAUCACCGUAACAGUAUAUUAACAUCUCGUACAAAAGUAAUCGCCCAAUAAGUAUAGUUAAAACGAAACGUGCAAACACGAUCAAUAAUAUUUAAUGAAGUUGAGACUAAAGAUUUGUGCACUGUGAGGUACAGUUCAACAUCAACCCUAAUAUUUCUAUUUUCUGGUUUUGACGUUUGGCCAGCUUCCAAGGCAUCAUAUCUUGAUAGACUUUGGUUUAGACUGAAACAUUCAUGGGACUAGAAUUGUUUUAAUUUUUAAGGACACUGUAAAACAUUUUACAUAUUCAUACGAAUAUUUGUUAUUAUAAAUAUAUUUGCUUAAUAUUGCAUAAUUAAUUAAAUUUAAAUAAGAUGAAUUGAAG